AUGCCGGCUGUCGACAUUGAUUCCCUCCCGUUGGCCUAUGAGGUUCCCCCUGAAGUGGUCGCACGUGUCCUGCGGCAGUUCCCUGCUGACAGCGCUCCUGGGCCGUGUGGCCUCCGCGUGCAGCGCUUGCGUGAAGCUGGGCCGCCUGGGGCCGCCAACAACCUGCAUGAGCACUUGGCCGGCUUGGUCAACCUGCUUGCACAAGGACAGGCCUGUCCUGAGGUUGCUCCUGUCUUGGCUGGUGCUGGUCUUGUUGCUCUCCCCAAGCCGCAUGGCGGUGUUCGCCCGAUUGCUGUCGGUGAGGUCUUGCGCCGCUUGACCGGCAAGUGCCUCAUGACCCUCGCUCGUGAUGAGGCGCGGAGUUUCUUCUGGCCUGUUCAGCUCGGCGUCGCCGUGCCCGCCGGGGUCGAAGCUGCCGUGCACACAGUCCGGGCCUGGUUUGGCCGCAAUGCCACCUCCUCCGGCAAGCUUCUGCUCAAGUUAGAUUUUUCGAACGCGUUUAAUACCAUCUCCAGGGAACACGUCGUUGCAGAGACUUGCUUGCAUUUUCCGGGCCUUGCUAGGUGGGUAGGUUGGUGCUACAGGCGUCCCUCUGCCCUUCAGUUUGGGAGUGCUUCUACAGUGCAGUCGGCCGGCGGCGUGCAACAGGGCGACCCGUUGGGCCCUUUGCUUUUCUCGGCUGCGCUCCAAGGGCUCGACCUUGCUUUCUUCUAUCUCGAUGAUGGCGUCAUCGCGGGUGAUGUGCACGCAGUUGUCCGCGCCCUCCAGCUCGUGCAACGUCGCGCCCCUGCUCUGGGCCUGCGGCUCAACCUCAGCAAGUGUGAAGUUGUGGGGGCGGGGCUCUUGUCGGACCGCUUCCAACGCAGCUUGGACUUGCUUGGGGCAGCGGUUGGGGAUGACGCCUUCGUCUCUGCGCACACCAACGCCCGUCUCGAGGACGCGCAGGUUGGACUUCGCAUGUUGCGUUCCUGUGCCGGUUACACUCGCCUAGUCCACAGCAUGCGGCUGGCCUUGGACUUAGGUCUGCUGCGCGUGAUGCGUUUGCUGCCUACCUUGCCUCUUGCCCCUCUCGCCACGGACCCUUAUGCUGCCCUUGCCGCAAAGCAGAAAACCCUCACCGCCCUUGCCGAGGAAACCAGCCAGCGCGAGCACCCCGCGGCCCCCCCGGUUGUCGGGCGCGGCGAACGCAAUCAGCGCUUCGUGAUCUCCUUUAUUCUUGGGCGGAGCGGGCGGGCUUGCAACCGGAGAAGGAGCGACCCGGGCUCCUCCUCCCGCAAAGGCCUGAAGACUCCCGCCUGGCCCAACGACGCUUUCCUGCUGCAGGCCCAGGCUGGGCAAAGUGCACUUGCUGCUGCUACUGCGUAUUCCCGCACCAAGGAAAUGCAUCUUGAUAGUGCCAACGCCUGUGCUGCCCAAGGCGUCCGCUUCCACCCCCUUGUGGUUGAGGCGACAGGUGCAUGGUCGCGUGAGGCUGCGGCCAUCCUCACACUCAUUUCCCAGGCGGUUGCUGCCCGCGAAGGUGACCAAGCCUCCCUUGUGCGUGCUCGGCUCUUGCAGGAGUUGAGCGUUGUCGCGCGCAGCCAUCGCGCUAGGGCGGUGCUUCGCUGCCGAUCUGAGCUCGCCGCAGCCAGCUGA